AUGAACACGACGAUUGUGCUGGAUUUGCUCGCUCUCCUAGUGGCCUACGCAGCAGGCUCCAGCAGGGGGUGGAAGACGUCUAUGUAUGUCGUUGCACUAGUGACCGCCGUGCUGGUAUAUGUUGCAAUCCAUAUAGUGCUGGCAAUCUCAUGUUGUCAUAGCCCGCAGGAAGAGGAGAGCAGUGUGGAUCCUGCAUAG